UUUAGCCAAUCAGAGACCAGAACACCAUAUUGAAUCGUUGUUUUUAAAGAAAGCUUAAGCACCUCUUAAGUCUUUACAAUUUACUUUUUAACUAACAGUUCUGGUUUGAAGAAGACGCUACAGUAAGAACCACAAGUAAGUUUUUUCGACAGGGAAAUAAUGAAGCUGUCGGACGUUAAGAAGUUAAAAGUGUCGGAGUUGAGGUCCAGGCUGAAGGAGCUGGGCUUGGACAGUAAAGGGCUGAAGGCUGAGCUGGUGGACCGGCUGUGGUCCGCGUCAGAGACACAACAACUCGGACAAGAAACCAAAGAACAAAUCGACAGCCCACCGCCCCUUCAAACAGCAGUGGAGGUGUGUUCAGCACCGACCGCAGCUGCCGUCCCAACGCCGUGUAAACCGGACUCGUCCACGCCGGAGUACACGGACACAGCCACGCAGACAGACACGGAGCCCGGCCCUCCUGCAGCUCUGACAGCCGGGGGGUCUGGUUCAGAGCCCGGGACGAGGAGCCAGGACAAGGUGGGAGAUGUGGAGGGUCAGCAGGGAGAUGAGGAUCCUCCAGGAGGGGACACCAGAGCUCUGGAAACGGAGAUGGGAAGAGGAAGAGCUUUUUACGAGUUCAAAGAGGAGAUCCGAUAUAAAAGAGCCAAAUCACCCCAAACUGUUUUGGAGACAGGGGAGGUUCAAGAGGAAGAUCAAGAUACAGUAAGAAUAGAUCCAUAUGGGAGUCACCUCCACUUUGAGGUGGGGUCUGAUGGGUUCAGUGGUCAGCCGCGGUUCUGGACCAGGUUCCCUUUGCUGUGGUCCGGCUGCAGGCUCACCCACGGGGUGCUGAAGGGCAAAGUGGGCUUCGAGGUGAGACUAGAGAGGAAACUGUUGACAACACAGCUGGAAGAACAAAGAGGAGUUAAGUUGUUUGGCCUGAGAGUGGGCUGGUCAACCGAACACACCUCUCUACUGCUCGGUGAAGAUGAAUUAUCAUUUGCUUAUGAUAGUCGGGCUAAAAAAGUCUCACAUGGAAAAGAAGAGGAGUUUGGGGAACUUUUGUCAGAGGGAGAUAUCAUCGGCUGUUAUGCAGCCUUUUACACAGAUGGUGCUGUUGAGUUGUCUUUCCAUAAGAAUGGUCGUUCCAUGGGCGUGGCCUUCUCUGUAAACGCCUCAGUGCUGCAGGGUCGUCCUCUGUUUCCUCACAUCCUCUGUAAGAGCUGUUCAGUCAGAUUCCUUUUGGAUCCUACAGCACCUCCCUGGUAUCCCAGUCCCUCUGGUUUUACAACACUCACAGGGCUCCCUGUGGGCCACAGGGUGCACGCUGCCCACCCCCCCCCCAAAGCCCAGAGUGAGGUGGUGUUGAUGGUUGGUCUUCCUGGUUCUGGGAAGAGUCACUGGGCCAGAACUCACAUGAAGCAGCAUCCUGAAAAACACUACAGGCUGCUGGGAGUAGAGGAGCUGCUCACAUGUAUGAUGGCAGGCGGACAGACAGACAGCAGGCUUCAGCAGGCCUCUCAGUGUCUGACUGAUCUGAUCAAACUGGCUGCUCAGACACCAGGCAACUACAUCCUCGACCAGUGUAACGUCCUCUUCUCUGCACGACGUUACAAGCUGCAGCUGUUCUCAGGCUUCAGACGGCACAUGGUGGUGGUUUUCCCCUCAGCAGAUGAGUGGAAAAGACGACUGUCAGAAAAAGAACAAAUCCCUGAGACAGCUCUGCUCAAACUGCAAGUGAGCUGUACUCUUCCAGAUCAACAGGAUGACCUUUUAGAGGAGCUCCAGUAUGUGGAGCUGCAGCAGCAGGAGGCACAGAUGCUCCUGCAAGACUUUAAAGAUAAGGCACGCAGACUUUUACCCCCCAUCCCCAAACCAGAGAAGAAGAAACCCCGGCAGUACAAGAAAAGACCCUACCCCCACUGCCCUCUGCAAACUCAGAGGAUAUGGGAUACUCAGUGGACGGGAUUAAAUGGGUGGACUGACACAAGAGUCAAUAUGCAGUCAUGGAAUCAUCCAAGAUAUUGGACUGCAGCUUAUCAUCAGGGCUACUACUAUAACAAUGGCUACUGGUGACAAAACUUGAAACACCACCAGUGGGUUUUGUGCGUUUACAAGGCAAAUAAUUCUGCUUAAAUAUGGAGAGCUGGGUACGUCAAUUUUUAAGACUGAUGGACAAAUAUUGCACUACCUGCUUUGAUCAAUCAGUAUUUAGUGAUUUUAAAUCCAAGUCACUUUUAAAAUUUAAUCCAGAAUAUUUGUAUAUUUUUUCAUAAUUCUUCCUAAAUGUACAGUGUAAAAAAAAAAAAA